AUGGCGGAUGGACGUAGAUCUGUUUCGAAGACGACACAGGGAGAGGAACAGAAGGAAGAGAAAUCUGACCUUGAAAAAUUUAUGGAAUUAAUACUAACAAAAAUGGAAGAAAAUAAUAAUAAAAUAGAAACAAAAUUAAUUCACUUGGAUGAAAACAACAAGAAAAUGAGAAUAAAACUAGAUGAGACUAGUCAAAAAGCAGAAGGAAAUAGUAAAUCAUUAGAACAAAAAUUAGAAGAAAAUAAUCAAUCAUUAGAACAAAGACUGGGGGAAAAAUUAGAAAUAACAUUAGAGAAGAUGGAAGACAAAUUAGAAGAAAAUAGUCAAAAAACAGAAGAAAAUAAUCAAUCAUUAGAACAAAGACUGGGGGAAAAAUUAGAAAUAACAUUAGAGAAGAUGGAAGAGAAAUUAGAAGAAAAGAGUCAAAAAGUAGAACAAAAAUUAGAAGAGAAUAAUAGAAAAGCAGAAGAAAAUGGUCAGAGGUUGCAGAAAAAACUUGAACAGACCUCCAAGAGAUUAGAGGAUCAAAUUGAACAAAGAAUAAACAAGAGUAUUGGAGAAGUAAAAAUGUUAUAUGAAGAAAUGAUGAAUAAACAUGAAACAUUAGAAACAAAAUUAACUUCUGAAAAUCAAGAAAUAGUAGUUCAAAUACAACAGCAUAAAGAAAGAAUAAAUAUGGUAGAAGAAGAAAUAGAAAAGGAAGCAGAAUGGACGAAUAAGAGAUUUAUGAUGGUAGAUGAAAAUAUAAGUGAAAUAAAGAAAGAACAGAAAACAUCUAAAGAAAAGGAGGAUCAAUUGGAAAAUAAAUGGAAGAUUGAAGUAAAAGAAGUGAAACAAGAAAUAGAAAAAAUGGAGAAGAAAAUAAGAAAUACAACAAAAGGAACAAUAAUAUACACAAUUGAAACCUCAGAUAACAGGAUAUAUUUCAAUGGGGAUUAUAAAUCACAACAUCCAGUACCAUUCAUAAAGAUUCUCAUGACCAAAUAUUUGCACUUUUUCCUGUAA